AUGCAGUCCACAUCAGCAGCAAUUGCAGCAGCAGUGCCUUCCGGCGCCGAUCUGGGCGCCAAGGCCAACAGCGUCAAGGGCUCCGUCGCAACUGCCAAGAAGAGCUCGACCUCGGGCGCGCUGGGCAAUAACGGCUUUGACGUCAGCGAGGCCGAAGCUUGGCUGCAGGGUAGAUGGAAGACGGUGCAUGCGAACUCGAUCGACAAGAGGAUACCAGAGACUCAGAGACCCGAGGUCUACAAAGCAGCAGCUGGUAGUGCAGGAUCGGCAUGGGGGCCCAACAAGAAGACGGUCAACGAGCGAUUCACCAACGACCUGCUCAAGGCAUCGACAGCGACAACAGCCAGCACCAAGAAGUAA